GGCAAAAGCUCAGCUCGGCGCGGGUGUGGUGACGCGUGGGCGGGGCCGGACACCGAGGGCGUCACGCGGGGCUUUGUGAGCCGGGACUAACCCGGGGAGACAUACGCUGCAGGCUCCGGGGGGCCGCGGCCCGCGCCACGCGGGCAAGAAGUUUCCAGAAGUCCUGCGGAGGGUAUUCCAGCUAGUACUGAAGGAGCCUUCGCCCUCCCCGCACCUCCCACAGUGCUGGCCCCGGGAGCGGCGCUCAGGUCCUAGAUCCUCCCCGCCCCAGGACGCCGCGCAUCCCUGCUGCGGGUCCUCCCAUCCCUGGUCCCUGCGUAUCCCCUGGUCCUGGUCCUCCAGUCUCAGAGUCCCCUCUCAUCCAUGGUGUGGAUCCUCGCACUCCUGAUCCUCGAGUGUUCUCGGUGUGAGUCCUCCUAUACCUGCUUCCUGUGAAUCCCUGGUUCGAGUCCUCCCAUCCCUGAUCCCUGCUCAUCCCUAUUGUGCGUCCUCCACGGUUGGUUCUCUCUCUCCAAACGCCACACUGGCUUUCUGGAUCCCCAGCUUGCCCAAGGGUGGGCAGGUCGCUCCAGGAGCCACAGCACUGGAAAUGGAUGAUGUGGGGUUUUGCUCAUUGGAAUACACAGGUUACUGGCAUCCAGCGUCUCUGAGGACCCCUGCGGCCUAACUUCGUAACUGGAAAAAGUUUUCUCUGGCAAUGCACACGGGUUUGUGACGCUGCAUUAUGGCGUUAGUGUGCGGCGGGCUCCGUUACUCCCGUGGUUGUGGUAUUUCUUGAUGAUCCUCGAGGUUUGCUUUCUUGUGUUAUACACUUAACAGUUCUGCCUUCUAAUUUUUAUUAUGUAACUUUUAUCUCGAUAAAAUGACUCUCAGAUAUCUAAGAAGUUAGCAACCGUCUUAAAAUUUACAGAAGCAACUGAACGAGUAUUAGGGCAGUGAGGAGUGGUCUUAGUUCCGAGGGAGGGAACUGCUCUUCUUUCCUGCUCUUUCCCGAUUGUCUUAAAUGAUGGCUGUGGAGGAUUUGUUUGAAACAGGAAACCCCUGUACUAAUGUGGAAUGUGGUGUGCUGCCCAUGCGCAGUGCUUUCUGAAACGCACAGUUCCCUAGCAAGCCAGAGUUGGGUAGAAUGGUACAGGAGUCGAAUAGAAACCCACCCUGAGUAUCAGUCCCCCAUGUUCCCCAACCGGGAUAGGAGUAAGUGAUGUAGUUUUUGGAUCUUAGUACAGUCUACUGACUGUAGCUAGUCAUGAAAUAUUGUGCACAUCAGCGAGACUGAGUCUCAACUGUUUUCAUUUUUUUUUUAAAUGGCAUAUAUCUGGGGUGAUGAGUAAGUUAAUUAGCUUUAUUUCAUCGUUGCAUAUUUCAUUUAAAAAAAAAACAAAAUAAUGGGGCUGGCGAGAUGGCUCAGCAGGUAACAGGUACUUCACUUGCAGAGGACCCAGGUUCGGUUCCCAGGGCCCAUAUCUGUGCUAUAACUGCCUCUAACUCCAGCUUCAGGGGAUCCAGUGCCUCUGGGUGCCUACGCUCGGGUGCACAUAACUGUCCCUCCCCACAUGUGCAUAAUUAAAAUAAUGAAAACAUCUUUAAAAAAUGAAAAUGGUUCAAAUGUCAGACUGCCCGAUGACUGUGUGCCCUGUAAAUGUCUACAUGUAAUUUGUCAGUGUGUAAAUUAAGUGACGAACCCUUCCCACUCCCUGCUUUUCAGUAACAGACCGGGCACGCUGGCAUUAGAACUUCUCUUGCUGGCUGUUCCCCUUAAGCGCCACUGUUUGCGACCUUUUCUGUCGUGGAAUAGAACUGCGUUUCCAAGUAUUUUGAAUCAGAAUUUGACUUCUGCUGGUACAAAGUGAACCUCAUACAUGCACACACGUGGCUGUUUGAAGUAUGUGCCUCUUAAGGCUUUUAUUAGAAUGUUUAAAAGAGCUGAAGAGGUGGCUUGGUGGGUAAAGAGCUAAGCCUGAGGACCUGAGUUCAAAUCCCCCCAAACCUGUGUAAAACUCUCAUCUCAGCCCUCCUACUGGGGGAGGGGAGGCAGAGACAAGAGACUCCCCAGAAGUCAGCCUCUUCUAUGGAGCAGGGAAAAAAAUGAAAAAACAAAAGACCCUGUCUUCGGCAAGGUGAAAGACCAGGACAUACACCCGACACUGUCCUCUGACCUCCCCAGGCCCUGGGGCACGUGUCUGCCAACAUUUCACACACACAUUUGUUUACACAAAGAUAAGAAAUGUUUAAAAGUUAAAAGUUCACCAUUGUUAUCUGGAAGUAUGUAUUGGUUCAUCAUGAUUUGAUGAUUUGACCAUCAAGCUGAUGAAGCAUUGUUCAGUACUUUGGAUCGGCAUUCCGAAGCCAUUUCUAGUUCCACACUUGGAGAAUUAAAGCAUAUGAAAUCAACAACAACUUUUCAAUCUUCUCAAGACAUAGAGUAGACAGUUUCCCUCAGGAAUAUGACUGGACACUGCCUAGUUCAGUGUUUCAUUCUAAGCACACGAGCCCAGCCUGCUGCCCAGAAACCACCCGCAGCCCGGGACAGACAGCCAUGAAUGCAGCCCAGCACUACGUAGAUGAUGCUGUUAGAAGGUCGUACACUUCUGAGUCCAUGCCUCCUUGUGCCCCAAGGAAAAUGAACUCUAGAAUGUUUGUCCUGUGGCUUCUGGAGGAGAAAGUGGUUGGGAUCUGUGGAAACACGCAGCAUUGUGAUGACAUAGCAGAGUAGUGUUCCAGCGACAGGGCCGGGCUCAUUUCAGUCCUGACACUGGGGAGGGCAAAUGUGGGUUUUUGUGUGGCCACUUGUAUGUGGUGUUUCCUGAAUUGGUGGCUGAGAGUGUUCUGCCCACCACCACGAAGUUGCUGUGAUCAGGCCAGCUUUUGGCCUGUCUGUUUUUCAGUCUGCGAAGCCUGAGUACUAAAGUCUGUGGUGCCUUCAUUGUGGAGACAGCUAUGGAGACACUCUAAUGUCCCUGAUUGCUCUCCUGUCCUGAGAAGCUGUAAGGAAUCCACAGUGCCCAGCAGAUGUGGGUAUUGAGCAUUUGCUGUGGGGUAUGUUGGACGGACUUACACUUUGAAGUACUGUCUGAAGACAUUACUUCCAGGCUGUCUCUGAAAGCCAUGACACAAAAGUCAAAUCCUCCACAAAUCACUUUUAUACUUUUUGGAAUAAUACUUUGGUUGUAUUAGAUAAAUAAAAGCUGUCAUUGAUAUUUCACCUGUUUCCUUUUACUUUGUUAGUGGUUCCUGGAAAAUAAAAAUUAAUUUUGUGGCCCACAGUGUAAUCCUUCUGGACGAGGCUGCUGCAAGGCUUGUAUUUAUUUUGUAAAAGAUGGAGCGAGAGCCAGAAAAUGGAGAACCUGCUGAGAUUAAGAUCAUCAAGGAAGCAUACGAGAAGGCCUUUUUGUUUGUUAAUAAAGGACUGAACACAGAUGAGUUAGGGCAGAAGGAUGAAGCAAAGAACUACUACAAGCAAGGCAUAGGACACCUGCUUAGGGGCAUCAGCAUCUCGGCAGCAGAGCCAGGGUGCACAGGCCCUGCCUGGGAGUCGGCCAGACAGAUGCAGCAGAAAAUGAAGGAAACACUUCAGAAUGUCCGCACCAGGCUAGAGAUCCUAGAGAAGGGCCUUGCCACAUCUCUACGGAAUGACCUUCAGGAUGUGCCCAAGUUAUACCCAGAGUUCCCUCCUAAAGACACAUGCAAGAAGUUCCCAGAGCCAGAUUUGGCUAGUUCAGCCCCCCAGCAUGCUGAAGUAGAUGGGAGCACCUCUGCUGUAGGGGCCACAGGUGCUGCGCCUUCUGCUGGGCCCUCACCUUCGCCCAGCUGUCCUGCGGAAGCACCCCCAGCCUACACCCCCCAGGCUGCCGAGGGUCACUACACUGUGUCCUAUGGAACAGACUCGGGGGAGUUUUCAUCAGUGGGAGAAGACUUCUACAGGAACCAUACCCAGCCUCCCCCUCUCGAGACCUUGGGACUCGAUGCAGACGAACUGAUUUUGAUACCAAAUGGAGUACAGAUCUUUUUUGUAAACCCUGCGGGAGAGGUUAGUGCUCCGUCAUACCCCGGGUACCUUCGCAUCGUGAGGUUCUUGGAUAAUUCUCUGGAUACGGUUCUGAACCGCCCUCCUGGGUUUCUCCAGGUGUGUGACUGGCUGUACCCGCUGGUGCCCGAUAGAUCACCGGUUCUCAAGUGCACCGUGGGAGCCUACAUGUUUCCAGACACCAUGUUACAAGCUGCGGGCUGCUUUGUGGGGGUGGUUCUGUCGUCUGAGCUCCCAGAAGAUGACAGGGAGCUGUUUGAGGAUCUGCUGAGGCAGAUGUCUGACCUUCGGCUCCAGACUAAAGAUACUUCAAGUGAAGAAGUUAAUUUGAGUCAGAUUGUGCCCUGUGAGCCACGUUCAGAAGAAAAAGCCAAAGAACUGCCUGAGUGGAGUGAGAAAGUGGCCCACAACAUUCUGUCAGGUGCUUCCUGGGUGAGCUGGGGUUUAGUCAAAGGUGCUGAAUUUACUGGCAAAGCAAUCCAGAAAGGUGCUUCUAAACUCCGAGAGCGCAUUCAACCAGAGGAGAAACCCGUGGAAGUGAGUCCGGCCGUCACCAAGGGCCUCUACAUAGCGAAGCAGGCAACUGGAGGGGCAGCGAAGGUCAGCCAGUUCCUGGUUGAUGGCGUCUGCACGGUAGCAAAUUGUGUUGGCAAAGAGCUCGCUCCACAUGUCAAGAAGCAUGGAAGCAAACUCGUUCCAGAAUCUCUCAAGAGAGACAAAGACGGGAAAUCCACUCUGGAUGGCGCCAUGGUUGUGGCAGCGAGUAGUGUUCAAGGAUUUUCAACUGUCUGGCAGGGAUUGGAGUGUGCGGCUAAAUGCAUCGUCAACAAUGUGUCUGCAGAAACCGUACAAACCGUCAGAUACAAGUACGGGCACAAUGCAGGAGAGGCUACACACAACGCAGUGGACUCCGCUCUCAACGUCGGCCUCACUGCCUACAACAUUGACAACAUUGGCAUCAAAGCCAUGGUGAAGAAGACUGCCAAGCAGACGGGGCACACGCUCCUGGAGGACUAUCAGAUCAUCGACAGCUCUCAGAAGGAAGGCCGGGGAGGAGCAGCCAGCACAGACGUGAGAAGAAACAGGGAAAAGCGGACGGAGGAAGAGGAGGAGGAGGAGGAGAAGAAAGGGGCAAAGAAGAAAGAUAAAUAACCGGAGUUCUGGGAGUAACCUACACCAAAGCCUUACCAGAUGGACGAAUGUGAACAGCAGAUGUGGAUUCUCCACACAAGGACCAGUGGUUUCAGUGUAUUCAUUGCUACACAGUGACUGUCGGAAGUUUGGGGCAUGUAUCCACUUAACAAGAAAAAUAAUCAGUAUUCUUACAGCUGGUUCUAGAAAUAUGCAGUUUAUAGUCUCAAUACAUUUAUUUUCCCUUAAAUGUGGCUAAAAUAUUUUUGCAGUUAAAAUAAAGCUUAUAAUAUAUGUAACUUAAACCUAAUGUCAAUCUAUUUUUAUAUGUGCUAGCCUUCAGAAAGCAAAGUAGGAAAGUAUACAUACGCUUUCACAGCCACAUGAAUUUUGUUCAUGCUGAGAAGGAAUGACUUAAUGACUUAAAAAAAAGACUCCUCUUUUUGCACUAAUUGUGGAUCUUUGAGAUACCCAAAAGAAUUUUCAGCAUAUAAGCUAAAUGAAACCAUGAUCUCAAAGUGUGAUCUCAGAUAACGUUGUAGAAGGCUUUCUUAUGCAGGGAAGAGCCUGGCCAUGAGAGUGCCAUGAACUUCUGUAAUGUUAUCUCUUACUUGCUAGAUCUCCUGCCUACUAGGAACCAAAAUGGCCUUUUGAUUUAAACUGAAGAAAAUGCUUCUUCCUGUCUUUAGGAUUGAGAGUAGGUCAUUUGUCGAUAGAGUGAUUUUUAUUAAUUCUUUGAGAAUUUUGUACAUGCAUGAAAUGUGUUUAGAUUAUAUUCUCUCCCUAACUCCUCCCAGGUCCACCCCUCACCCCUCCUCCCACCUUCAUGUUCUUAUGUUUUAAAUAACCUAUGAGUAGUCUGUUUAUGCUGCCCAUAUGCCCACAGGUGUGGUGUGAUCCCCUGGAGCAGGGUUUAUCUACCAGGGACCACACCCCUAAAGAAACUGACUCUUCCUCCCCAGAAGCCACAACUGUCAGUGGCUCCUCAGCUAGGGCUUGUGAGAUGCUGCCCAUUCCAUGCUGGGAUGUUGACUAGUUUGUCUGGUGGAGGCGGCCUCAGCUGCUGUCAGUUUGGGGGUACAUGGGGUCCUGUCACAUCCAGAAGAUGUCAGUUCAUCCAGUCUUCCUGGACAUCUGAUUCAUUCACAGCCUUGCCACCUCCUCUUCCCCCAUGUACCCCGAGCCUUGUGGGGAAGGGUGUGGUAUAGACUAGGAAAUUUUGAAGUAUGAUUGAUAGUCUAUUAAAAUUUGAAAUGGUUGUUAUUGGCUUUAAGGAAUCACUUUUCCAUGUCUGCAUCUGUAAAUUUCUCCUAAAUUUGCAGAAAAUAAAACAUAAACAUUGUAUUUCCUGAUAGUAUAGAUUUGUACUCAGUCAUUAGAGUUUAUACUAAAAUCUAGUAAGUGAUUUAAAAGGGAGGAACCUGUUCAUAUCAAGGUAAAGAAUGUGGAAUCCUUUAGGGGGUAGUUCCCACUUCCACAGAAGACAGGAAAGACAUUUGCUGAUUGUUUUAAGCUACAGAUAGGCAAUAAAAUACUCCAUGAUUAUUUUAAUUUUUGUUGAUUUUUAAAGGUUGAUUUGGUUUUUAUAGUUAUGGUCUGUUGUAAUUAUUUCUGAACCUGUAGUUGGCUAACUUACAGAUUUCAUUUGAAAUUGGUUAAUGAAUGUGCUUUGAGAAUAAAAUGGUCUCUGAA